AUGAACAUUGGAAAUCUGGCACAAUUGACGACAUCUGCAAGCCAUAUUGACGACGCUGUCUUGCGCGCUGCGCAGAGUGGCGACUGGGACCAAGUGAAAAUGAUCGAGAGUGAGAUUGGGGAAGUAUCGAGUCUCAUCGACGCAUAUGGAUGGGACUGGAUUGAUUUGGCUUUAUGUGAUACGGCGGCUGCUUUGAUUCAAGCCAGAAACCAGAGAGGUACAUGGAACAGUCUGCAGUCACUUGUCGAACUCACUUAUCACUUUGAUGACUCUUUGGGGCCCAGAGGGAACCUUCAGUCAGCAAUGGAGACAAAUGACUUUAAAUAUGCGAGCUCCGUGCUGGACCUCUUGGACGAGAUGGAGAAUGUUACAGGUCCGACUUCGAAGGCCCUUCAGCAGCUGAGCGACAUCUUGGGCUCUGUUGCCUCGAGCAUGGCAGUACUAGAGAACGAAAUGGGUCUGGAUAUUGAUAAGUGA